GAGUCUCUCAAAUCAAAACAGACUUGAAUCAGUGUCCCAUUUUCUCAGAACAAGUUUGGAAGCGAACAAGUCAAAAUGUGGAAAGGACUGGCCUUUUUCCUCUUCAUCUCCGUCUGCGGUGCGGCCGUGUUGCCGAAUUUGCUCACGUUGGAAGAAGACUUGGAGUUGGCGACGUACCUGGCCAAGAAGACGUCCUACGACGUUGACGUGUUGACGGCCAGGACCAAAAUCCUCAAACUGGAACUUCAGUACACCGCCCUUGACCUCUUCGUCAAAAUCCAAAUCCUCCUCAGACAAUUGUUGUUCCCGACGGACGCGGAAAGGGUGAUCGCGGACAUGAACAAGACGGCCGACUCGGUGUUGUCGAACGUGGUGCGUCUGGAGGAGGCGGUGGCGCGGCUGGACACGUCGUUGGCGCUGCUCGAAAACGACCUGGCCAGCGGCAACACCGCCGCCCUCAACGGCGACCAGUUGCUGCUCGAGUCGUACAUCUUCAACUUCAACCUCACCUACGACAUCGGCAAGGAAAACAUCGUCCUCGCCACCAACAACCUCGUCCUCACGCUCACCAAGGAACUCGAGGGAAUCGACGACCCUUUGGUGAACACCGUGUCGAACCUGGCGGAGAAGAUCCGCGUGGUGCUGCUGACGGAGCAGGAAUAUUUGGACAACGCGCGCCUCUCGUUCGACCGCAACGAGGUCGCGCUGCUCGACGCCCUGAGCAAGGUCGUCGGCCAGCUGCCCUCAAAGGUCGCGACCACCGAAAACACCACCACCUGGUCCGUCAUCCCUACCACCCCGCUCACCAGCACCACCCCAGCAGCAGCUUAAAAGUGUUUCAUUAUUUACAAGGCAAUUUUACUCCGAGUUUCAGUAAAACAAGCUUCAAAGUAAUUAUAAACCUGAACUUAUGCAACGCACCAAAGCAUCCAAGGCGAACAGGUUGCAUAGCCUCAUACCUUAUGUUAAAUAAAACUGCUCAUUUUUA